AUGCAGAAUCCUUUUGAAUUAUAUAAAUUAUAUGUUAUUCAAGAGUCUGACGUUGGUUCCUCUGGUUUGUCUUCUUUAAACAAUUUCAAAACUCCAGAUCUAAAUAUUUCAGUAAAAGAAAGUGUUGAUGUUUUAAAUGAUGAGUGUCCUAUUUUAGAAAAUAAUUUUGAAAAAUCAUCCACUUUUAACAACGAAUCAGCUUCUUCAUCUAUAGUGUUUCAGACCGGUCAUAUAUUCAAUAACAAAGAAGAGAUGAAGCUUGAGUUGGGAAAGAAAUGUUUGUUAGAGCAUUUCGAGUUUAAAGUUGACAGAUCAUCAAAGACACGUUACGAAGUGUCAUGCAUGGGUGAUGGUUGUGAAUGGCGAUUUAAGGCAUACGUUAUUCCUGGUGGUAGUUUAUUUUUUGUUAAACAUAUGAACGAUAGACACACCUGUUCGAAGACGCAAACACACCCACAUUUCCGUCAGGCUAACCCAAAGGUUUUGGGUCACUUUUUAAAGGAACAACUAAAAGACAGUGGUAGGAUAUAUCGAGCGAAAGAGAUUGUCAAAGAUUUUAGACAAAGGUUCGAGGUUGAGAUAACAAAGCUUCAAGCUUGGCGUGGUAAAAGCCAUGCACUUGAACUUCUACAAGGAACAACCCGAGACUCUUUUGCCGAACUACCAAUAUACUGUUACAAUUUGAAGCUUGCAAAUCCUGGAAGCAUUACUCACAUCUUGGUUGAUGAGCAGAGUCGUUUUGAAAUGGUUUUUGUUGCUUUAGGUGCUGCGGGUGAAUUUAAAGGGACGUUAUUUUUAGCAGUGGGCAUGGAUGGAAAUAACCAGAUUUUACCAAUUGCUUAUGGCAUUGGAAAAUCAGAGGAUGGUGAAUCUUGGACAUGGUUUCUCUCAAAGCUUAGAGACUGUGUUGGUCAAAUAGCAGAUAUGGCGAUCGUUUCGGAUAGGGCGAAUUCUAUACAUGUAGAGUACGAGGCACUAUGGUGGAAGACAUGUAAAUCUUAUCGGAUGUCUGACUUUAACGAGUCAUUCAAUGCUUUGUGUCUUGUCGUUCCUAGAAUACGCCAGGUUUUAACAAAUAUUGGGUUUGGUAGAUGGGCAAGAGCUCAUUGUCCCGGCAAUCGAUACCACUAUAUGACAUCUAAUAGUGCGGAGUCUAUUAACUCUUUGUCUAGAUUCUCGCGUAAGAUGCCGAUAACGCAACUUAUUGAAUUCUUCCGCGAGUCUGUACAAAAAUGGUUUUAUGACCGUCGACUGCAGGGCAUGCAGGAGAGCCACUCACUGACUCAGUGGGCACAGAAGAAAAUUUUAAAGAAAAUUGAAGGGUCUAGAACCUGGACUGUUGCAGGCAUCAGGGUAAACCGUUUUGUUGUUGAAGUCGGUGGGAAAAGGGGUGUCGUUGAUUUUUUGAAUCGUUCGUGCAGCUGCCGUGUCUGGGAAGUUUCGGGUCUACCUUGUGGGCAUGUGAUUGCUGUUUCAAGAUUUUUGGGUGAACCUGACUGCAGUCAUUAUGCAUUCUCGUGUUAUUCAAACGAAGUAUACAAAAAAACGUAUGAAGAAUCUAUUAAUCCUCUGCCUCAUAGGUCUGAAUGGGUGAUACCAGAAGGCCUUGGUAGUGUAUUACCCCCGCAUAUUACAAAACGUCAAUAUGGUCGUCCAAAAGAAAACACCCGAAUCUUGUCUCGUGGGGAAGAGCCCGUUCAGGUAUAUUGUUCGCGGUGUCGAAUAUACGGCCAUGUUCGUGACGUUUGUUUAGAUCCAAUCCGAUCACAAAUUCGUUCACGUAAAUCAUCAGGGAAAGGAAAAUGGAAAGAGAUAGAAACCCAGAGUCCAACGGAUGACAUUUAUCCAUCUUAUAAUUUAGCAGAAUUUUAA